AUGUUUGCCCCUCUAAUUUCUGAUACAUUUUAUUACGGCUCUUCAAUCAUUUCGGUGUUUCUUUUCUUUUCAUUUUACCCAAGAUCUAUACUAGGUCUCUUUUAUGAAAUUUAUCCCUGUCCAUAUUGUAAUUUUACACUUGUUCGUCAACAAAUACUCUUGCCAUAUAUAGGAGGGGCAGAAAUCAUUGACAAUUAUUCAUUAGUUGGUAAUAUGAAUCUUACCUUAAGUUAUUGCGAUAACGAAUUAACAAAUAUUGGUUUAGGCACAGAAUUUCAUUUUCCAUCAUAUGGAUUAGAGCAUUUAGUUUAUGAAAGAUUCCAAAAAGCUCAUAUCUCCAACCAGGGUGUUCUUUUACAUGGAUAUUUCUUCGAUAUUGAGAGAUAUCAUGCAUGGAGGAAAGAUGGACUCAGAGAAGAGAAAUAUCAUUCUUUGCAGUGUUUUGAUAAAGUUGCAGUUGCAUUCGGUUAUCAUAUUCCAUUUGGCCACUUCAUAUUUGACCAGCUCGCAGGAUUUAUUAACAUACCUUCAGAACUUCUUGACGGAAGAACUAUAAUUGUAAAAUUUAACGAAUACGUUGCUAGAACUUACUUGAAUGCUCUUGGAUUAGGAAAUCACAAAGUUGUCCAACUCACCGACGGCUGGAUGUAUGCUAAUGACAUAGUAUUAUGCGUUUCUGAAUACGGAAUGAUUUGCACAUUUAAAUCAGUGAGAGAACUUCGGUCAAUUCUAAGAAGAAAUCUUAAUUUAACACAAAUUAUUCCUGAAAAACACACUUUCAUAACAAAGGAGAAAACUAAGUGGGGGAGAGUCAAUAACAUGAAAGAGUUAUGUGAGUGGGCAAAGCAGAAAUACAGUGAAUAUUCAUGGGUAUAUUAUGAACCUGAUAUCUGCCAAAACUUAACCGAAAUCUCAAAGAUAAUGGCCGCAACAAAAAUAUAUUUAACUUCGAUUGGUUCUAUUCUUUUCAAUGACAUUUUUAUGAGUCCUGGAACUGGCAUUUACUGCGUAUCAGGCGACAGAUCGCUCAAUGAAAAUCUUGGUCAUGGUUUUAUACUUGAUGUAUGGAUGUACACUGUUGUUUCCAAAGAAAUCAAACAAUGGCAAGUUAGUGAAACAGCAGGUCUCAGCCUUGAGAAGUUUGAGAAAACUAUUCCGUAUAUAUUACAUGCCGUUUAUAAAGGAGGAUGGCCAAAUGAUAUUUUAACAACAUCACGACAAUAUUAUACAGAUAAUUUCAUGCACCAAGCAUAUGAAAAGUUCCAUGAUAAAGGUAAUUUAACUAAUUUUAAUGUUACGAGAUUUUCUACUUUAGACAUUAAUAACUUUUGGGUAGAAGUUGAUUGA